AGCUUGUGUGUGUACGUGCGUGUGUGAGUGUGCGUGCAUGAAUAUAUGUGUGUGUGUGUUUUUUGACCAGCUGAAAAUGGCGGCUCGAAGCGUCGAAUCGUCCUAACUUUAUCGCACAAUAACAAACAUAACAAUAUCCACCGCUGUUAUCACAUAACAUGGGGAGAAAGUUUACCGAGCAGCCUCGGGCGCCUUAGUUGGGGGACAUUACUUUGAGCAGCGGCAUCAGGAGUCCAAACGCGGAGGUAAAAGAUGAAGAAGCUGAAAACUGCCGUCUACAGGCUAAUGUCAACCAGCUAGCAUUGUCAACUAAGCUAAUGUUUAGUUUACGUUUUAAGAUUACGCCAGGUUUAUUGCGACAUUAAAUUGACGCACUGACUCAACAUUAUCAUAUUAAAGGGCGCCUUUUAUAUGUGGCACUUGUCCUCGCAUUGUGAAGCAUGUUCAGCUGAAAUGUUUGUUAUAUUGUACGUGUCGCUAACCUUAGCUUGUUAGCUGUUGGCUAACGGUAGCAACAGCUAUCGAGCUCGGCUGUAUUCAGAGAGAGAGAGAGGGGUGUGUGUGUGUCAAUCCGACAGGUUUUAAAACACACCCUAAAUAUUUCUGGGUCAUUUAUCUAUGUUAUCAGAUAAAUUUAAUGCCACACUCGAAACUUUGUGUCCCUUUCCAGAGACCGAGAUGGAGGACCCUCAUACACGGUACAGCAAACGGCUGGUGAGUAACUUAAGCAGACUGUGUUUCCUCCUGGAUCACCUGUUUUAUCACCAGUUUGUAUCUCUUCACUGCUUCAAAUCCAUGCCUUAGUCACUCUGCUUCAUGUUAAAUUCACAAAUAUAGUGUAUUCACAACGUUAAGCAGGUCUGGUAUUGUCCCUUCUGUUCGGGCUCAUUGUGAGUGUUUCUCUGUUUCCUUGGUCUUCAUUAUUAUCACGGUAAUGAACCUGGUUUUAAGACUGAAGGUUCACUGAGGGGUCAAGUUCACUGUGUAACCUGACUGCUUUUGUACUGUGACCCAGAGUCACCCCUUUACAAGCUUACCACCAUGUUGUAAAAGAGCUUUCUAUUCCUCUGUUUUACCCACUGUGAACUUAGUAGAAUAUUAUUGAUAUUUAUCUUGAGAAUAAGACAGAAUUAUACACUCCUGGUUGUAUAGAUAGUGUGUGUUUUACCCUACACUGCUGACAUGUCUUUUGUAUCUCUUGGCCAAAUAGUUGAUCACACCACAACUUAAGAAGACCCCUGAGUGAAAUAUUGUUUAAUCAUGAAUGAUUGUUUCUCUUCAUUGUCUUUGAUGGCACUGGAUUAAAACAAUAGUGUGGCUUCUUUUUUAUAAUGUGAAGUUUAUUUAAUUUUCAAUAAACCAUGUUCUGUGCAGCCUCUGGUUAUAGAAAGGAAGAGGAUCAGAGUUUAGAUAAUACCACAUUUGUGGCUCAGAGAUGGGGGUGGGGAGAUCUUAGUUGCGGGGGUGUUGUGCUUUAUCCAUCUGUCUAGCCAAGCAGUUGAGCAUAGGGUGAAUGGCAGGAGGGGAGUAAGGGGUGGGGGCAGUGUGUGGAAGAUUAACCCCCGCUAUUGUAAUGCUGUAUUGUUAGGUUCCCUCAUGAGCUGAUUUGGUUGACGGCUGACUGAUGAGCUUGGGUUGAAUUGUUGUGGUAUUUUGAUUAUUUUUGUAUGGGAAGUAAAAGUUUUAUUUGUUCAUUGGUUUAUCAACAGCAGGUUUUGAUUCUUUUUGUGUGAUUGAGAUAAAAAUGACAUGGAUCAAUUCAUAUCUUGACCACUACAUUACAGUGAGGAUAUAUUUUUAAAAGACUUUAAGCAGCCCUUAAGCAUGGAUUGUUGGACUUUUGUAUCUAAGAUUGAGUGAUAUGCACCUGCUUUUAAUUGCCAAUCAAGACAAGCCAAUCAGUAGGUUUUCUUACCAAGACAUGUUUGUGGAAGUAUGUAGUCUUUAAAGUUGAGAUAAGCAAACACUUGGCUGUUUUACUUUGAUAAGUUUCCUGAUAGUAACACAGAAGCACUUUUAACACAUUUUAAAGUCUUGUCAAAGGCAAUAAUCUCUGUCCCAUAAGUGGUUGUAACACAGCUUUGCCAUUUCACUGCAACUUUCAAAGAUAUUCCAUCUUUCUUCCUGCCAGUUUUUUUUUUUAGAAAACACAUAUACUCACUGUUCAGCCCAUGACAUAAAGGUUUACAGAAAUCCCUUUUUGUUUUCAGCGUACGGGCACACGGCGGCGCUACCAGGACGAUGGAAUCUCAGAUGACGAAAUUGAGGGGAAGCGAAUGUUUGAUCUAGAGGAGAAGUUGCAGUGCGUCAGAUUUAACUCUGACUUGAUCAAACACAUGGAGGGUAAAGGUGAGAGGCUGAGCAUCUUAUCUGAAUGAAGUAAAAGUUUGAUUCAAGUAGCACCUGAACAUAUAAAAUAACAUGCAAGAGUGCUGGCUGUUUGCUACAUUACUUCUUCAUACUGCACAUUUUUGACUUGGCAUUGAAUAGAUUAAACUCUGUCUGGGAGUUUAGGCUGAUUAUUUUAAGUUCAUCCAUCACAACGGAACAUUUCUGAAGGGUUACACAGCCAACCUAGUUUGGGUUUAUUGAUGACUGUUCGAAUGCUUGUGUUCCUUUUUGAAGAAUUCACGUUUGAAUACAUCCAGAGAGAAGGACUCAGGGACCCUAUUGUCUUUGAGACAGCUGAUGGCCUUGGCCUACAGUAAGUCAGAUUAUUUUCAUAUCUAAUUACUGAUAAUUUCUGCAAUGCAAAUAUUACAAGAAAUUUCUGUCUUGCAGAAUGCCAGACUCUGAUUUCAGUGUGAGCGAUGUCAAGCUGUUUGUUGGUAAGUUCCUGUUUAAUGGCCUUUUGCAAUUAAUCGCUCGGAUUUUCUCAAUGCAAUAUUUUAGUUUGCUGGAACAGCUGGAGCAAUAAUUAGCUCCUCUGUACCUAAUUAUGGGCUGAAUGGUGGUACAGUAGAUAGCACUAUUGCCUCGCAACAAGAGAGUUCCCGGUUCAAAUCCCUGGUUAGACAGGGGCCUUUCUGUGCGUAGUUUGCAUGUUCUUACUGUGCAUGCGUAGAUUCUCUCAGGGUACUUCAUCUCCCCUCACAGUCCAAAAACAUGCUUAUUAGGUUAACUGGUCACUUCUAAAUCACUAGUAGGUGUGAGCACGAGUGUAAGUGGUUGUUUGUCUGUAUGUCUCAGUUCUGUGAAAAGCUUGUGACCCGGUGCACCCUGCCUCUCGCCCAAUGAUGGGCUUUAGCCCCACUGUGACACCAGACAGGACAAGCAUCAAGAUAUUGGAUGGCUGUUUCUAACUGUUUUUAUAUGGGUAUAUCAGAAUACCUUGACCUGUUAGAAGAUACUGUAGGAGAGAAAUGGGAAAUAAAAAGGGGGUAUUACACAAAAUGGCUAUUUUGUGUUUUGUUGGAAGAUGUGAUUGGAUUUGGUUUAUGUAGUAUCAAUUUUGACUCUUCUCUGUCCCCUGGGCCGUGAGCAGCCUCCAGUGCAGUUGGCCUCCUGGCGUUUCCUGACCUGGCCCCUCUGUACUCAGCCACAUGCUUUUAAGAUUGUAUUAUCUGUGUAUGUAUGUGCUGGGGUGGGGUCUCAGCAGGGGGUUGGGUGAUGGAGAUGGGGGGAAUUGUUUUGAACAUGUAAAGCACUAAGUGCUGCAUUUCCUCUUGCAUGAAAAGUGCUUUAUAAAUAAAGUUUGAUUCGAUUCUCUCUUUUUGUCUCUUACAGGUAGUCGGCGCAUAGUAGAUGUGAUGGAUGUGAACACCCAAAAGGGAAUUGAGAUGUCAAUGGCCCAGUGGCGACGCUACUAUGAGACACCACCGUCAGAAAGAGAGAAACUGUACAAUGUCAUCAGCCUGGAGUUCAGCCACACCAGGCUAGAAAAUCUAGUCAAACGACCAGCCUCGGUAAGAACACCCAGAGUGACUUCAUAUUUCUCAUUAAUAAUGUCACCCCAGGGCUUUUACUGGCACGCACCCGUGUUUAACAAAAGCUGUGAAGAGCUCAAAGUUAUAAACAAGAAAGAUUGAAAAGUUGUUUUAAAGGAAUAUUUCAGUUUUUUUUUUAACAUGAGGUAGUAAAUGUUACAUGUCACUAGAUAGUGUAACGGCCACAAUGGAUGACAGUCAGCUCUGCCAUUGUAAAGAGAAACCACCACUUGAAACAGGGGUCUCGUAUGCCUCUGUUUUCAGCAGACUGUGCCGACCCUGCCACAUAAGUUAGUGAAUCUUGAGAGACUCUGAAAUCUUGUGCACUCAUGUCUGUUGAAGUGUACACACUACCUAGACAUUUUUCAGCCAUCAGAAAGCCCAGUUAAUUUUUCACUAUUUGUAGCCAGAACACACACAGACAUACUCUUCUGCAUGCAGCAGGUCAGCUAAUUGGGUCCAUGAUGUAGGAGUCACUGAUGUAUUGUAAAAUGUUGUAUUUUUCCAUCUCAGUUUCGCACUAUGUUAAGUUCCUUCAAAAAUAACUUCUAAAGUACUGAAAUAUCCCUUUACUUUGUCAAUCUGUUACAUUUCAAUCAUUUCCUGAUCAUCAAGGUGGACCUUAUUGACUGGGUGGACAACAUGUGGCCUCGCCAUCUCAAAGAAAGACAGAGAGACUCCACUAAUGCCAUCAUAGACAUGCAUUACCCCAAAGUACAGAAGUGAGUAAGUCUUCAAACCCAUAAAGUGCAUAUUCUGAGGUUGAAUAACAAUGUUUAUUUCUCUUUCUUAUGACCUUUUAUCUUUAAUAAAUGAAAAAUUGUGAUUUUUAUCUUUGCUUUGUCCCCCUAGGUACUGUCUCAUGAGUGUGCAAGGCUGCUUCACAGAUUUCCAUAUUGACUUUGGAGGCACCUCAGUCUGGUACCACAUCCUACGAGGAGGAAAGGUAAGGCUGGAUGUCAAGUGACGCACAUUUCAAAAUGUUCUUGCCUGUACUGAUCUUGACGACAUGUUCAAGUCGUACUAAGAGGAAGCCAUUUGUUCAGUCAUGUGUUCAGAAUAAAUGGGGAAGUGAUCCAUCUGACUGUUUAACAGUUUUCUGAUGUUUCUUUAUGAAUUUAUCAACUUGAGUCUACUUAUGAAUGUCCUUUUACCUGUAACCCCUGCAGGUCUUCUGGUUGAUUCCACCCACGCCACAGAACCUGGAGAUGUAUGAGAACUGGGUUUUAUCUGGAAAACAGGGGGACAUCUUUUUGGGAGACAAGUGUCAUGACUGUCAGAGGAUAGAGCUGAAGCAGGGAAAUACUUUCAUUAUCCCAUCAGGUUUGUGAUUUACCCAGACACGAAGCAUAUAGAGUGAAACACUCUGUCUCCACCACUACGUGCUUCUAGUAUCAUGUCUUCUGUAUGUUGUAGGAUGGAUCCAUGCUGUUUACACUCCAGAGGACACUUUGGUGUUUGGAGGAAAUUUCCUUCAUAGCUUUAACAUCCCUAUGCAGCUCAACAUCUACAGCAUUGAGGAUCGCACACGGGUGAGCAGCACAUCGCUAUUACCCUUGAUGUUUUUCUGCUGGUAAUGCGUGGUUGUCUUUCUCUAAACAUUUUGCUAAUUGCUUUAAGUUCUUAGAUCAAACAAAGCUUGAUUCACAGCUAUUUUCUGUGGGAUUUCUCAGUAGAAAAACUGAGGUAGAAAAAUGUCUCAAUAAUUAAACUUGGAGGUUUUUGAAACACUUGGUGCCAGCAGUCUUGAUGUGGACCUGGUGUAGAGGACCAACACCUUUUGUCUAAAAGGCAGCUCAGAGAAAUAUGAACAGUCAAGUAGUAAAGCUUAAGUCCAUACAUGUUUCUCUCUUUGGUGUAGCAUCUGUCAUUUAAGUGAGUCCUAUCACUACAACACGUCAUCAUUGGAAAACACAAAAGUCAUCUCUGAGACUACAUAUAGAUUUUCUUAACUUAGGUACAACAGAAGUUUGGUUAUACUUGGUGCAAACACACUUUUCAGAGACCGGCAAUGCUCAACUGUAGAUGAUGUAGGUGUUCAGUCUGCAUCCGUGCUGUAGCCACAGUAGCCACACCAUGGUUUCCACGCGUCCUGCUUAGCAGAAAUUGAAACCACAACAGAGAUGUGACAAGUCUACCUGAGGAGUGCUUCAGAAAAGUCACGACAGAAGCAGGAAAUGUGCACUCAGUAUAAAACAACAGAAAUCAGAGGACUGUAGUUUACAAUGUAUUAAGAUAAAAUACAGUUAAUUGUCUCCUUAGGGAACUUUGUCUUGGACUCCAAGAGCUGCACAUAUAAAACUUGCCUCUCACAGUGUAUUACUUGACUGAACAAAGUCACAAAGAUUCAGAAAUAACUCAGAAUAAUUUUUCCUGUUACAUUUCUGUCCUUCUCCUCUAGGUGCCAGCAAAGUUUCGCUACCCAUUCUACUAUGAGAUGUGUUGGUAUGUCCUGGAGAGAUACCUCUACUGUCUGACCAACAUCUCCCAUCUCACUCCUGAGUUCCAGAAAUACUCUCUAGGCAUAGGUGAGGAUUCAGUGUGAGAAGUGUGGUUGUCCUGCCUUUUUUCUCUUGCUUACAGAAUUCAUCCAUCAUUGACAUAAACCUCAUCCUCUGUCUGUCUAGGACUAACCCAGGCUGACGUUGAUACCAUGAACCAUACUGGGAAUGGCACCUCAAAUGGGGUCAACAGUGACAAUGAAAAUGGAGGGAUGGAGUUCAAGGAAGAAGAGGAAGUCCAUGACGAAAAACCAGCUCAAGUUCCCAAAUCCAAGCAUGUGCUUACUCCCUUUGAGCUUGAGGGCCUGUGUAACCUUUUAGGAAAGCUGGAGGAGCUUCCUGUUCACAAAAAGUGUGUCCCUGCAGGCAUCAGGAACGCUGCAGCUCUGCUUGAAGAUAUGAGGGUGAGUGUCUCCUCUCUUCUGUGUAGUUCAGCUCCCAUGAGCACCAAUAUACUUGAAACACAAUUAGCUCCUACAGUUUUGUAGGUUGAUGUCCAAAUAUAAUGAUGAAGAAGUGUGUCAGUAUACACAAUUUGUGGGUACAGGGUGAUCUUGAAAUGACAGCAAGAGAAAGGAAAAACACACCCUCAGUACUACAAAAAGUUUUCUGGAUCACAUUUGCUGGUCUUCACCAGGUGAAAGAUUUCAGAGAAAAUAAAACGUCACUGGGCCAAGACUAUUGGGUUAAAUGUCGUAAUUAAAUUCUUUUUUUUGUGGCAUCAGCGAAAUGUGCAUGUUUAUCUUCUGUUUCUUAGAGAAGUCAAAAAGUAUUUGUCACAUUAAUCAUCUUAUCGUCCUGUUCUUUCUCUCUGCUCUUCCAGGUUGUUCUGAGGAAUCAUGUCAAUGAUAACCCGAAGCUGUCCUACACUGGAGUGCCAAUUGUCAGGUGGCCAGAAAGGGUGAGAACAGACCAAGUUUUGAUACUCUCUGAACUGGGAGCACUUACGAACAUACUGUGUAGAGAUAAUGAUCAAUGUUUUUGACCAUACAUGUUUGUAGUGUAGUGCUUCAGCAGUCGUAAACAUCUGUCCUUCGUGUAAAAUAAACAUAAACACAUUGUCAGUAAAAUAAGAGUUCUUUAGUCUAAUUAAUUACAAAUUGAUCACUUAACAAACUAAUAAUGACAUUAAAGUGUAAUUUUUUUAUGAAUUUGUUCUCAGUAAUCAUACAAUUCCCACACCUGUGAAUCAAGUGCAGGACAUCACUUAAACUCGUUUGUUUCUUCUGCUAAUGCCCCUCAAACAGCCGUCAUGGUACCAGCCUCCCACUCCCCCUCCCCCUGUAAUAUACCGUCCUCGUUUGGGCCCCACCCUCCACAAACCCUUGGGACAGAGGCCUAACAAACGCUCCUCCAUCUCUGCCCUGAGGCGUAGACGGGUGAGAUGCAAGCGCUGUGCUGCCUGCCGCAGGAAGGAGUGUGGCACCUGCCAGUACUGCCACGACAUGAGGAAGUUUGGUGGGCCAGGACGCAUGAAGAAGAGCUGUGUCAUGAGACAGUGUUUAGCGGUAAGUGCCCAUUGUAUCAUAGUAGCCUCAUUCCCUCCAACAUAUGUGAUUAGUAUCUAUAGGUUAUGAAUACACGGAUGUGUAGCCUUGGGUGUUUUAGAGGGGAGGAGUUUCUUAGGAAAAUUAGAUAUCACGGGAGUUCUCUUUGGAAUGAGUGGAUUUUCUGAUGACUGGCGGCUGUACACAUCAGUAAUUGGACAUGGUUGAAUAAAUUAUAUCUAAUGUUAUGUGUCGUAUAUUUUUUUAUCUGUUACAGCUUAAUUAUUCCUAAAUGGAAUUGUUUUAUUAAGCGUUCACUGUAUGUAAAAACUACAUUUGUAUAUUUUCCUGCAGCCUGCAUUGCCAAACACAGCGCGCUGUGCCAUAUGUGGAGAAGGGGAGUCAGAGGAAUCCGAUCCAAGCACUCACUCACUCAUGGAGUGCUCUGUCUGUUCGCAGAUCACACAUCGGCAGUGUCUUAAGGUAACUGAGAUCAUAAAGAAUGUAAACUCAUAGUCUGCAAAUGUUCUUCUGCCGACAAAGCCGCAGAUGUUGUUCAUGUUUAGAGAAAACGUUUUCAGUCUUUAAAAUUUUUUGUUCCAGGAACCUGGUGAGGGGAAAAUCAAUAAGGAUUUGCCCAGCUGCUGGGAAUGUCCCAAAUGUUACAAAAGCAAAGGGUCUGAAUCAGAGGUAAUCCUCUCACUUCUACAUGGCCUCUCUCGCUCUUUCUCGCUCUGUGUCGCUCUCUCUCUUGUUCCCUUUUCAAUCUGUUCACUUUUUAAAGAACUUCCUCACGUUCUUUUCUAUUUGUUUAUGUUUUAAAGUCUCAUUAACAAUGAUCUCCUUAUCAAACCUCAGUGAUCAUCUCACUGUGUACUUUUCACUCCAGUCUUCCAGUGAUGAGGAAAGUGCAGAGUCAGAAGGUUUCACCUCCUUGCCGCCAUCCAAACUUGCAUACCGAGAGGGUAUUGGUGUAGGAGACGGGUUGGGACGAGGGAGACGUAGUCGACCUACCUCCAGACCCACAGCACCACCACCUUCUCAGAAACUGCUACUGCAGCAUCAACAGAGUCGCAAGAGAGCAAGUGCACUGGAGCUGAGACUAAAAAAAAGGGUAAAUGAAGAACAAAAUAGCAUUUGGGUGCAUUAUUUCAAUUUUCCAUUAUUUUAUCAUCCAAAGAAAGUAGAGUUACAUCUUUGUGCUCUAUAACUAAAAUGUUUUGAUUGAAUGCUUGUGGAGAAGCAAAUGUAUAAAGAUAUGUCUGAUAGACAAUGACCAGUCUUACAUUUCACAUUACACUUACAAUCCUGUUGAUUUAGUUGAACCCGAAUUCUCAAUGAAAGUAAGAAGUGAAUCUAUGUCUUUCUCAAACCAUCUAUAAAAAGUUAAACUGUUAACUGAAUGAUAGUCAGAGUUAUGUCAAAACCUGGUUUGGUCUGUGUUUCAGGUGAUUCUCAGCUUUAGAAUACAACAAGACAAAAAUUUGCCUCUGUUAUCACUUUUACCCAACCAUGUCUCUGUGUAUUUCAGAUCAAACUGGAGCGAAGCAAACUGUUGACGGUAAGAGAUGCUUUUCUUCGACAACGACUUGUUGUGCUAAUUAACUAAAUUGUGUGUCUUAAAUUUUUUUAAAGCUCUGAAGUGGUAAAUAGUGAAUCUAUUUUCUUUCAAAAACUAUUUUAGGUGUCUUGUUUUGGUUGCUGCUCCACAUAAAUGUUCUUGAGAUCUUAUUUCAGAGCGCUUCAACAUGUAUUCUUUGUCCUCUUUUGCCAUUUUCCCCCUUUUCCUUCCAACAGAGACAGGCAGCUCUAGAUCGUUCCCCCAGAUUGCUGGGCUCGAGGAUGCUAUCCAGGCUACGUUCUCCUACCAGCAGACUUUCUCAGGGCAGAGGCCGGGGCACCACCUGGACGAGUGGCUCCUCUCAACACAGCUCUACAGGAGGGACAGGGUCUGUCCAGCAGCAGUUGUCUCCCCUUGGUCUGGCGCUUGAGCCGAGAGGAGAGCCCCGCAGAGGGAGGGGAAGAGGGGUGAGACUGAGGGGUGGGGGAGCAGGACGAGGAAUGAGAACUGGGAGAAGCCAUGAAGAGAUGCAAGAAGAGAGUGAGGACAGCAGCAGCAGCAGCACCAACAGCAGCAGCAGCAGCGAUGAGGAGGAGGAAGAGGAGAGGGGACAGAAAAGUGUGAAAGGUUUGGAUAAAGAGAACCAGCCACAGUCGAGGCGAGGAGGACGAGCAGCCAAAGAAAGAGGCGGGGAAGGGAGCGAGGCGGCAAACCAAAAUGGCGCAGAGGAGGAGGAUGAGGAGGAGACGGAGCAGGACAGUCAAACUGGGGGCAAAGAUGGCUCAAAUCUUAAAGUGACACUUCAAAGGCCAACCAGGGCCAAGCGGGACCCAUCAUCUAUAGUCCCUCAAUUAGAGGCCAUUGCCCCUCAAACUGCUUCUUCCACAAUACACAACCCUAACAGAGUCCUCGCCAGACCCCCCAUCAGAAACCCCGAUCAACACUCCAACAGGCACACACCCCCACACACUCGCAGUAAGCACACUGACACUCGUAGUUCUCACCAUGCAAUGCUGGACACCUCAAAAAGAACCAAGCUGAGCAGGCCGGCUAAAUUGAGCAAUGGAGCCUCUUGUUCUUCAUCCUCUGAGCUUCCUCAUCACCGUGUCCCUUUGUCAGCCCUGCAGGAAGGAGGAGGUGAGGCAGACAGAGAUGGCAGUGGGAGCGGCCCAAGCUGCGAGAGGGAAGUGUGGGUGUCUGUUUUUCGAUAUUUAAGUCGAGCAGAUCUCUGUGUCUGCAUGGCUGUCUGCAAGAACUGGUACAAAUGGUAAGAGCUUAUGUAUAUAUAUAUAUAUAUAUAUAUAUAUAUAUAUAUAUAUAUAUAUAUUCAAUAUUUAUUUACAUUUUUUGUGAUUGAGAGUGGAUGGAGAGUCUAGGGUGUUUGUCAUAUUGCUGUACAUAUGGGAAGGAGGAUGAAUAAAUGUGUUCUAAUGUGGCUGUUCUUGUUCAUAGGUGUUUAGACAAGCGGCUUUGGUCACAAAUUGACCUUAGCAUCAAACGCACCGUCACUCCUCAGGCCCUGACAGGUAUCAUAAAGAGACAGCCAGUCACACUCGAUCUCUCUUGGACCAACAUCUCUAGAAAGCAGCUGAACUGGCUGGUUGGCCGUCUGCCUGGUAAGUAAUCACACACAUUUUUUAUGUUAAAAUUUAGUUAAUCUUCUUUUCUUGUAUCGGUUGCCUCAUACAUGUAAAACAAAGGCAUUGUUGAAAUGGAUACUGUUUGAAGAGACUUGUUUGUGUGCUCUGACACCCAUCAAACAAAACACUUUUUCACAGGGCUGAAGGAUUUGAUGCUGGCAGGUUGUUCCUGGUCAUCUAUUUCAGCUCUCUGCUCCUCUGGUUGCCCACUCCUCCGGUCUCUGGAUCUGCGGUAUGCAGAUGGGAUCAAAGACACACAGAUCAGGGAUCUAGUCACACCUCCAGGUGAGAUAAAAAGUAGCCUUUUGGGCAACUAAUGAAAAUCUAGGUGUCGAUCUCAGUUAGCCUUCAGUGUAUUUAGAAAUAAACUCUAAACUCUGAUACAAACGCUUUUUUUCACUCCCUCCAGGCUGUGACAAUCGUAGUCAGCUGCGGACCAUGCAGUGUUUACGACUAGCAGGCUUGGACAUCAGUGACUCCACUGUGCGUCUGGUGAUCCGCCACAUGCCCCAUUUAACAAAACUGGACCUCUCCCACUGCAACAGCCUCACAGACCACUCCAUCAACCUGCUGACUGCAGUGGGCUCGUCCACUCGAAACACUCUCACAGAACUCAAUCUAGGAGGUGAGAUUUAAACAAGACUAGCCAGUACGACAGAAGUUUGAUUAGUGUUUCUGCCCAAAAACUGACAUCUCUGUGUACCUUUCUUUCCAAGGCUGCAGUAAACUGACGGACACAUGUCUGAAGUAUCUUCGACGUCUCUCUUGCAUCUCACUGCUCGACCUGCGAGGCUGUAAGGGUGUCUCACGUAAGGCCUGUGAGGCCUUCAUCUCUGAGUUGUCCAUCAACACCCUGUACUGCCUGUCAGAUGAAAAACUGAUUCAAAGGAUAUCCUAAGCGCCUGUCUUCUUCGACUGCAAAGGUGCGAAGGCAAUAGAAUGGAUCCUGUGUGACUCAAAGGACACAGACUGGCAGAGAAGUUCACAUGCACCUGUAUGACAUGAAAGGAAGGGUGGGGUCUAAACUGCAAUGGAACAGAGUUGUAUACAAGUUUCCCCCUGUACCUAGAAAGAGACUCAGGAGCUUAUAUAUAUUUUUUGGGGGGAAAUAUUUCUAUGUUGAGAAGAAAGCUCUUUCUAAUGCAAGUAGGAGUGAGAAUACAUGGGCAAGUAGCAGAUCUAUACACCUUUAAGGUGAGAAAGACGAUCAGCUCUCAUUUGGAUAGAUGCAUUUUCAAUUCCAGCCUCAACACAGAGAGAUAAGAGUUACAUCCCGAGUUUGACCUUGGAAUGUAACUGCAUUGUUCUGUUUAGCAGAGCGUCAUAAAGUCUUAUUUAUUACCAGAUUGCUCAUUUGAUUUCAGCUGAAUUUGGCUACUCCAAUUUAAUUAUUUUCUUCAAAAUUAAGAGAACAGACUGUUGUGUGAUGCCAUGUGCACAACUAUUUUAUUUUCAUAGACAGCUAAAGGAGGCAGGUCUCUCUCAUAUCCACUUUUAAAGUGAACAACUCGUCACCUGUGUUAACCAGUUUUAUGUCAGUAUAAUAAGGCACUUAAGCACAACAGUAGUCCAUUGGUAUGCUUGAGAAGUAUACACAAACACUGAAUGGAUGCUGUUUGUAGAGGAGAGAAACUGAGCGUGUGAGUAAGCAAUCAAUGUGACAACAAGACCUCACCCCAGCAGAGGGCAGGUUGCAUUAAGUGCAGAGUAAGCCAAGGAUUUGGUGGUGGAUAAAUAAAUGGUGCAUCAAACAACCGUUAGACUUCAGGUGCUAUAAUUUCCAAACUCUUCUUGCUUUGUUUUUGUACAGAGAAUACAUUUAGAGAAAACAUGUUAAUAUUCUAGGUGAAACGGCCCCCUCCCUCUUUGAUAAACUUUGGUUUCUUUUCAUGGAUAAAAUAUUGUGAGUACUUUUCACUGAAUUUCACGACCUCGUCUGACUCAGUGUAGAGAUGUAUUAUUUUGUUUUUUGGGGGCAGGGUGGUUGUUCAUUUCUUUUUGUUCCCUUCAAGUGUAGUGGUUCUGUAUCAAACUUAUCUUCCCAGACAGGGUUUCCUGGCCAUACCCCUUCAAAUGAGUAUAAGUAUAUAAACAUAUACUUUUUGUGUAAAUGUGUUCUCCUCUUUUCAAUUAUCAAAACGGGAAUCCUGUAGCAUUGUUAUUAUUUCCAGAAGUCUUUUUUCACCUUAUGUUGGUAUUUUUCAAGAAAAAAUAAUAAAAACCUACAAACAAUGGG